GUACAAAUGAAAGUUCGAAACAGAGCAGAAGUGAGAAGAAGAGUCGAAAGGCAAUGUUGAAGCUGGGCAUGAAGCCUGUUACUGGUGUUAGUAGGGUCACCAUUAAGAGAACUAAAAAUAUUUUAUUUUUCAUAUCAAAGCCUGAUGUAUUCAAAAGCCCAAAUUCUGAGACCUACAUUUUAUUUGGAGAGGCAAAGAUUGAGGACUUGAGCUCUCAGCUGCAGACACAAGCUGCCCAACAGUUCAGGAUGCCAGACAUGGGAUCUGUCAUGACGAAGCCAGACAUUUCUGCCGCCUCCGCUGCAACACAGGAAGAUGAGGAUGAGGAAGAGGAAGAGGAAGAAAUUGAUGAGACAGGUGUGGAGCCUCGUGACAUUGAUUUGGUGAUGACACAGGCAGGGGUGUCGAGGAGCAAGGCUGUCAAGGCUCUGAAAACUCAUAAUGGAGACAUAGUUAGUGCUAUUAUGGAGUUGACCACCUAG